AUGGCUGCAGUCUUUGGAGACCUUGUUGGAGGCCCAUACUAUUAUACUCGCAACUCCAGAGGCAAAACUCCUGUGUCUGAUAUGAAGAGUGAACCGAGUUCGGGCAUGCCCGUCUUAUCCACGACAUCGUGGAUCUCUAGCAGAUCAAGACGACGUGGCACUAAGACAGAGACCCUGCGUCCUGCGGAUGUAACUUACAAACCAUCGAAUACUUCAACAGUGGCGGCAGAGACUGAAACUCCAACAAUCGCAGCCAAGCCCCAAACUGAUACUGCAGUCGUGCAACAUGAUCAGGUUUUGGGCAUCACGAAUGUCAUCACUGCAGAACCAGCUGGGUGCCACGAGCAACUCAUAGAUGCUCUUCAGCAGGUCUGGGUGGAGCCUGUAUGCUUUGUCAAUGUCUCUCCUGAUGAUCAUGCACGCAUUUUGGAGCACAUGGACUCUCUGACAUUUUCAAACUAUCACACAAAGAUGUCGUAUUUUCCUCGCAGAAUGAUUCUCAUCGUGUAUUCUCCGCACCCUGUCCAUGAACAACCACAAGCAGAUGUCUUUCAUCAUCUCACAAGCUCUCCACAGCUCGGAUCUACUCUCGAAAACAUUUUCACCAUACCUGACAUGCAGGUAACCAUGAUGCCUACAACCACAAUAGCCGCUGAGACCCAACUUCUCUGGAUGGUCGAAUCCGGAUUCACUCAGUCUCGACCUGCCAUCAUGGCAAAAGUGGGAGAUGCUUCUAUCGCACGAAGAACUACUUCUUAUUCUUAUGAUCUUGGUCAAAGAAAAAAAAAAUUUGCCACCCCCAUGGCAGACUCUGAUGCUUGGAAGGAGACACGCGAAGAGGGAUCGCAUUGGGGCAUGAGUGGAUUGACAUCGAGUCUGUCGAAUAUUAUGUUUGGGUUAAAUCUGGAGAUCAGUAUUGAUGUAACCACUGAUCCUACGGCACAUGGAACACUAUUUCCGGAUAUUAACAUGGGUGAUGUCACUGAUGCAUUGAACCGUGGUAUGGAUCGUGUGAAGGCCACCAUGAGCCACACCCUUGACACUAUCGAAUGCAUCUCGACAAGUCCUUCAUGUCAGUGGCCGUUUAUCAAACCACCCACUUCCGCUACUGCAAUUGGUACCAUCGCCAAUUCUCUGGCACGAAGCGUCGUCGUGGACAAUCCUACCAUAGACGCAAGUGUGGACAAUCCAGAGAAUGCUGAACCCUCAAUCAGCCGCAUAUCCAUCUCUAAUGCUAGCGAUGAGACUACUUCCUCCUCAGAACUGGCCACGUCUGGAACCGAGUCUUCCUCUGAGCCAAGUGAUGAUUCGGAUGUGUAG